CAUGCGACUUCGGGGAAAAAAGGACAUUUCGUUGCUGAAGAAACAGAUAGUAAAAUUGGCUUAAACAUCUCGGAGAUGCAGUAAUCAAAUUAUUUUUGGCAGCUCGGGCACUUCCCUGUCAUUCCAGUUCGUUUCACAUUCUGCCUUUGUCUGUUUCAGUGAUUUUUCCUUCGGUUUUAUAAUGAUUGGUGUUUAAGUUUUAUUUCUGUUUAGUCUGAAUAAAUCCCACGUGUUUUUACGUUUCCUUGUGGACGGUGUUUCUUAAAAGGUCGUGAGGACAUGAACCUUUUUGAAAAGGCUAGAAGAAAAACAUUGUUUUUAAGAGCCUCUUUUGCCACGUGGACUGGGCCUUAGUUGUCCGUGACCAUGACUUCACUAUAUUAUUAUUAUUAUUAUUCACAGUUUUACCUUUAAAUGAAAAUUUACUUUGUCAAUCAUUAUUACGUUUCAGUACAAACAUGCUAGUUCAGGUGAAGCAUAACCAACAACAGAAGUAUGUGAAGUUGGAUGAGGAUGAAGGGCAGUUUGACUUUCUGCAGUUCCAUGAAAAAGUCAUUGAGAAAUUUUGCCUGCCACCUGAUGCAAAAGUUAUAUAUAGAGAUGCAACAGGGACAGAAAUUGAUGCAGAAAUAUUCAGUGAACUUGUUGGACAAGGCAAUGUGGUGGUGACAGUUUUCUGUGAUGAUGAGUUCUCUACAUGUUCCUUGUCUUCUGUUUCUGAGAUGUCUGAUUCAAGCUUAAACUCAAAUGCAUCAACUGUAAUAGUAGAUGAGGUCCCUAGCAAGAGACGGAGAAUUGAGGAUGGUGCAUUGUCUUCUAAACAGUUGAUAGAAGAUGUGCUAAGAGCCAAGUCUGGUGGUGAAAAAGUACUACAGGAGUACCAAACAUCAGAAACCCUAACAGAUAGCACAAGAAGACAAAUGAUUCACAUAUUGGUGACUCACAUGAUUGAUAAUCAUGGGAAUGUUCCUACUAAAGCAAUCCGAGAAGAGUAUGCUCUUGGGAUAGUGACACUGUUCCCUUCCCUCAAGGAUCCAUAUACCAAGAGAGGCUAUGUGGAUCAAGAUUUCACUCUCCUAUUCGAUGAUGACACGUCCUCUAGGCUGUUUCAAAAAUGGGAUCUGUUCUUCAAGCCAAAUGUCAUAAAAGAGGCUAAGUGUCUCACUUCAACACCAGAGUUGCGCCGCUUGAUGCAGUCAGCAGAAAGUCUCCCAGGAAGACCAAAGGCUCCUAAAAUUAGUGCAUGUGAUGCGGUUGAGAGACUUGUAGUCUUUCAUAAGUCAUGCUGCAGUUUGGAGGAGCAUGUCCGCAGCCAGCACGGUCGGCAGCCAUACCUUCUCACUGUUGGGCGUCAGAAGAGCAAGACUGACAGCUUCUACAUCUCCAUGGAUAAGCACCUCGUCCCAUGCCAGGCAAACCGCUCCCUUGCGGCAUUUGAUGAACUUUUCAAAGCACAUUUUGUGUUUAAUUCGUCUUAUGAUGCUGCAUUAGUGAAUUUUUAUACAUUCCUGCAGACAACAGUAUAUAACAUUGAUGUGGGGAAGAUGAAGGAGUCACCCAGAGUUAGAGAAUUGAGAGCCAGACUGCUUAACCAGCCAGUACAGUUUUCACUCUGAGAGUAAGAGGCUAAAAUGAUGCUGACCUGUUUCAUGUGUCAGAAACUGUAUCCCAGCAGUCAGCAGUUGAUUUCACAUUUAAGAGUUACACAUGGUUACUAUCCUGGACCAAAGUUCAAAUUGUUUUGUGCUCAGCAAGGGUGUAGGCGUCAGUUCCUAACCUUUGCAGGUUUUCGGAAGCACCUUAAUAGUGUUCAUAGCAAUGUUCAGCAAGUUGCUCAAACUUCAACUAUUGUGUGUUCCGAUAGCGAGACAAUUGCAUCUUUAUCUCAGGCACAUGCUUUGGAAGACAGAUUUGGUCC